GCACAGAGGAAGGAGCAGGGGAGCAGGGUCUGGAAGGGUAUGGCUUGGAACUGGAUGGAGUAAGUUAGAAGCAAGUUUGAAGAAAGCAUUUUGCAAGUGAGAAAAGUUAGGGAAUGUUGCAAGUGGAAGUUGUUAUGGAGUUUUAAAGUUAAGUAAAGGGGGGCAGGGCAGCAGCGUGUAUCCUUCCCUUCGAAUCGAGGCUGAACUCAAGCCAGGAAAAGGGGCAGGGCUCCAUUGGGGCUUCCAGCUGACAAAAACAGCAGUCCGGAGAGGAGCUGGAGAACACAGGCAGCAAGGAGAGCGUAGCCAGGCCAGAGGAGCGCGGAGAGGGGAGGGAAGCUUCUCUCAUGGGGUGCGUCCUGGGCUCAGACUGGUGCGGGGAGGAAGAGGUGCCGGUGACCCCCGUGGUGCGCAGCUCGUCCCUGAAGAGAAGGAGCGUGGAGAGGAGCGAGAGCGGGAGGAUGAGGGUGAUGAAGGCAGGUAAAGGAGAGCCCCACGUUUUCAAGGAGAAGAGCUUUAAGAAGAAGAGACAGUGUAGUGUGUGCCGACAGACUGUGGACAAUGUGGGGUCCUUCUGUAGAGUGUGCAAGACCGCUACCCACAGGAAAUGUGAAGCUAAGGUGACCUCAGCUUGCAUCCCUGCUCCAUCCAGUGACAUGCAGCGCAGAGGGACAGCUCCAUCUCGACAAAUCCAGCACAUGGGGUCCACCAAGUCUCUGACCUACACCAAACAGAGGAACACCCUGCCGAGGAGCUUUAGCGUGGACCGUGUGAUGGAGAGGGUCAUGGAACGCCACUAUGAUUUCGACCUGACGUACAUCACAGAGCGAAUCAUCUCGGUUUUCCCGCCAAAACUGGAGGAGCAGCGGUACCGCCUGAACCUGAAGGAGGUGGCGGCUAUGUUGAAGUCCAAACACCAGGACAAGUUCCUGUUGCUGAAUCUCUCUGAAAGGCGCCAUGAUAUCAGCCGCAUCAACCCAAAGGUGCAUGACUUUGGCUGGCCCGACCUGCACGCUCCGCCUCUGGAUAAGAUCUGUGCCAUAUGUAAAGCCAUGGAGAUGUGGCUGACCUCUGACCCCCAACAUGUCGUGGUCCUGCACUGCAAGGGUAACAAAGGUAAAACUGGAGUCAUCAUCGCUGCCUACAUGCACUACAGCAAGAUCUCUGCUGGGGCAGACCAGGCGCUCAGUACUUUGGCCAUGAGGAAGUUCUGUGAAGAUAAGGUGUCCUCCUCACUACAGCCAUCCCAAAACAGAUACAUUUACUAUUUUGGAGGUCUUCUGUCUGGAGCCAUCAAGAUGAACAGCAGCCCUCUCUUCCUCCACCAAGUCCUCAUCCCGUGUCUGCCCAACUUCCAGGGAGAAGGAGGUUACUUCCCGUUCCUGAAGAUCUACCAGUCGAUGCAGCUGGUCUACACUUCAGGAAUUUAUAACCUUCACGGCACUGGCGGCAGGAGGCUGUGUGUGACUGUGGAGCCUGCUUUGUUACUGAAGGGAGACAUCCUGGUGAAGUGCUAUCACCGCAGAGCGCACACUCCAGACAGAGACACGGUUUUCAGGCUGCAGUUCCACACAUGCACCAUUCACGGGUCACAGCUGUGGUUCGGCAAAGGGGAGCUGGACGAGGCCUGUACUGAUGAGCGCUUCCCAUCUGACGCCACAGUGGAGUUUGUCUUCUCCUCUGGACCAGAAAAGAUCAAAGGCCGUGAGUACCAUAAGAAUGACCCUGCAGUGACAGUGGACUACAACACUGGAGACCCUGUGGUUCGCUGGGACUCUUAUGAGAACUUCAAUGAACGCUACCAGGACAGUUUGGAAGACAUCGCCCACACCAGAGGUCCUCUUGACGGCAGCCUUUACGCCCAGAUUAAGAAGCGCAGAGGGGCGGGGUCCGGAUCUCUCACCUCAACCAAUGGCAGCAGUCCAGGCGCGGGCAUCGACGAACGAACCAGCCAUCUCAUCUCUCACAGUUCUGACUCCGGCCUCUCCGCACACUCCAGCCAUUUGAACCAGCCCUGCCUGCACCAGGAAGACCCCUUGCCCCACUCCCCUCCACCCCCAACCCGUCAGGAGCAGGAGGAGUUGGAGAGGCUUCUGGGCGGGAUCGAAGGUCGAGAUGGCGAGCGGGAGACAGCCAUUUUGGAUGACGGCGAUUCCUUACCGCCUUCAGAGAGAAAUGGUACUCUGAGGUUGAGUCGUUCUUGUUCUUGUCGGGAUGGGUACCGCUCACAACGCUGUGCCGAACCUGGCUGUGACCGCACCCUGCUCAUGCCGAACGGAUACUGCCUGGACCGGGCACCUGGGACCAAUGGCCAUCUUGGAGCCACGCCCUCCGCUAGCUCCCCUCCUCCUUCCCACAUGGAUCUAUGUCAGCACUACUCCCCGCACACGCACCAGUCCUUACCGCCUCCCGAUCUGGUGUGGGACAGGCAAACUGGGCAGCACUAUUUACACCGAUCAUGCUCGGAAACGUCACGCCACAUGUGUUACCCUUCUCCAGAUCUGGCCCCUCAUCACCAUAACUACUCACAUCACCGUCCCUGUUGUCCAGACGACCAAUACCCACCGUACCACCACGCCCCUUCGCCACACAGUCACCCACACCAUUCCAAAAUCAGCCCAACGUACCAUGAUUUGAUACUCAUGGAUGGUCCGUCGCAUGCGAAUUGUCCAUGUCGGGAUUGUGCCGUGAGGAGAGAGGAGGCGUAUCACACUAUAAGAAUGGAACGCGGCGAUAGUUUUCAUUGGGACAGGGAGGCGGAGCUACAGCAGAGAGAGGCGGGGCUUCGGAGGACACGGGAGGCGGAGCUUCAGAGGGGGUCCGACCUGCACUGGGAUAGAGACCCACGGCGAGCACGGGACAUGUCAUUUCACUGGGACAGAGACACAGAAUGGGAGAGAGAUAGAGAAGCAGAGUACUGGCACAGAAGGGCCACCGUAGCUUCUUACGGCGCACAGUCUCAUGAUCUCCCUGCGUUUUCGUUUGACCCACUCCCAUCUGGUCACCCUGCGUACCCAGAGGCUUCCCGCUCCCAUGCACACUCCCACCUGGACAUGAAGUACAGCAGCAGUAGCAGUGGGUACCAGACGCCCCGCCAGGUGUGCCCGUGCUCGCCGUACCAGCCUUCCCCGUCAGAAAGCAGGGGGUACGCCUCGGGGUAUCAGUCUGAGUCCACAUCCCCUCUUCCUCCGUCCUCUUCUGUAACGGGACAUUGUAAUCACCAUAGUAAUGGGACACAUCACUGCCCUGAGUCCGAGCUCCAGACAUACCCAUCUGAGUCACACACUGAUGGCUUGCGUAGUUCUGGUGAGAGUGUUGGCUGGAGGGACCAUCUUUCUCAUGGCUCCUUCAAAAGAGUUCAUAGAGACGCCCAUCCUGCCUGCUCCACUCCGUCCGACAUGUCAGGGCCUUCUACUCCUGUCCACACCAGCAGCCCACUGCGCAACCAGGAGAGUCCUAGCAGUAGAGAGUAUGAGAUCCGGACCACAGACAUCAUCGGCAGUGACUGUGAGAGCUCAAGCCCCCAGGACGAAGCUCACGACAGGGACAGCACUUCAGCAGAGCCUCCUCUUAACCAAGGAAACAGCACAGAACCUUCACACAGCCAAGAGAACGGGACAAGCCCCUCUUCUACAGACCAAACCAAAGACUGCACUGCACCAGCUGUAUCCACACAAACAGAAAAGCAUAUUUCAGAAUCAAACCCACCAAACAGCCCACCCUCUCCAGUCCACGCCUCCCCUGCCCCAGAUAUAACCCCCUCCCCACCAACAGAAGCCGCUGUGCAAACUCAAAGCCAAAAUCAUACAAGAAUCGUGAAUGGAGUGAACGGCUCUUCUCCAACUCCACAUUCCCAAAAACCCACUACUCCAAAUUCUCCGAUAUCUAACCAUUCUAAUAGUAUGGAAGGCUCCCCUAUUUCCGAAAGCCCUGUCCCUGGAUUUGCCACUUUAGGUCGAAAACUCAUGCUCUCCGACCCCCACCACCACCCAAACCACGGGCCCCCACCCCAUCACCAUCAUCCUGGUACUUUAGAUAGAAGACCUUACUACCCCAACCACGGUCAACAGCAGUACCACUCCAACUACUCCACCAUCUCCAUACCCCUGCCCCACCCUCAGCCUCCUCUGCCCGAGAAGAGGCACACUCCAGCCCAGACCAGCCCCCUGAGCGAUGGAGGAGUGGGAGGAGGGCCCAGACAGUCAGUAGGAAGCCAGCACCAUGUGACUUUUUCGCCAACUGUAGGGGAAAUAGCACCACCCGCAGGACAAAAUGAAGGAUCUACAGAGAUGGAGAACAGCACCAGGGUCAGUGUGAAGUUUGUGCAGGACAGUUCGCGGUUCUGGUACAAGCCGGGGAUCUCCAGAGAACAAGCAAUCGCAGCUCUGAAGGAGAAGGAGCCUGGGACCUUCCUGAUCCGGGACAGUAACAGUUUCCAGGGCGCAUACGGACUGGCCCUGAAGGUGGCCACACCCCCAGCCAACAUCAACAACCACAGCAGCAAAGUGGGUGACCCUCUGGAGCAGCUGGUCAGACACUUUCUCAUAGAGACCGGGCCACGGGGAGUCAAGAUUAAAGGCUGCCAGAAUGAACCAUAUUUUGGGAGUCUUUCUGCGUUGGUGUAUCAGCACGUCAUCACUCCCAUCUCUCUGCCCUGCGCUCUCAAGAUCCCAGAGAAAGAACUCACUGGAGACAUACAGGAAGCGCCCCCAGUGGCUAAUAUCAGCACUGCAGCCGACCUGCUCAAACAAGGAGCUGCCUGUAACGUGCUAUACCUGAACUCCGUGGAGACUGAAUCUCUGACCGGUCCCCAGGCCAUCGCCAAGGCAACUGAAUCCACCCUGAGCCGAGCACCCCGCCCCCCCGCCACUGUGGUCCAGUUCAAAGUGACGUCCCAGGGCAUCACUCUCACCGACAGCCAGAGACGGGUAUUUUUCCGGAGACAUUACCCAGUCAACAGUGUGACGUUCAGCAGUCUGGACCCCAAAGACAGACGGUGGACUAACUCCGACAGCUCCUCCGUUAAAGUUUUUGGGUUUGUCGCUCGUAAGCCGGGCAGCCAAGGGGAAAACGUGUGCCACCUGUUUGCGGAGCUGGACCCGGAGCAGCCCGCCACCGCCAUCGUCAACUUCAUCAACAAAGUCAUGCUCGCUCAGAGGAGAUAGACUCAAAUAGACAGAGAUAUGCAGCAUCAUGUCUCAGUAAAAUGUGUCGUAUAGAAAAGCACAAUCAGAAGGUUAAAUGUCAUGUGUAAUGACUACAGUGCGUUCUGUAAUAUUUAAACACACGUCAGUUUUUUGUUAGCAUUUCCUAGUUUGGAGAAGCAGAUGCGAGCAACGAUACAGGAUGUGAAUGGUUUACCAAUAUAGCCACAGUUAUGCUUUGCAAUCCCAAGUUUUAAUUUGUGAUUAUACUGCUACUUUUUCUGUUAUGUUUUCUUUUCACAUAAAAUACUAAAAACAUAUGAUAGGCUUUUAUAAUCAGAUAUCAUAAUUGUCAAAGGUGUAUAAUAGUGUCACGCUACUAAAAUUUCAAACUCAAUUUCAUUAUUAAAGAAUAGACUAUACUGAUUACAAUCAUUUUAAAAGCACUUUUUAAAAUAUCAAUACUUGUGUAAAUGAGUAUCUAGUUUCAAUACCAGUUAAUACCAAUACUAGUAUUAGUAUUAGUAUCUGAUAUUAGUUACUUCUGACAACCCUAGUGUACAGUAUCAACUCAACUUAUAAUUAUAUCACCCUAAUAGAAGAAAAAGUACCUCAAAAAUACAUACCAUACCAUAGUUACCCAGAGUAAAAAAAUAAAAUGAUGUUUUGGCCAAUGUGAAAUUUGCGUUUUGACUUACUGUAUUGAUUUGCAGUAUUAUUUGUUCACUUAGUAUCCAUGUGACUGUCUGCUUCUCUAAACACAGGCUGUACUCUGUUUUCACUAUUCACAAUUCACUGUGAACCAUAACCAUAGUUACUGUAAAAGAUAAAGUUUCUUCCGGUUUACUUUCUCAAGCCAAGGAAGCUUUUAUGAUGUUGUUUCAAUGCACUGUUUAAAGACAAGUCUCAAAAACACAAAGAUUCUGACAGCACCAAACACAUGUGAGAAAUCCUAGUUUGUUGGAGCUAUAAUGUAAAUUCUAUAUUCUCUCUUUAUAUAUAUUGGACAUAUGUACAGCUUUACAUACAGUGCCUUCAUAACACUGCCAAACAGAAAAGACAAUCCUCUUUAUAUCCACAAUACAGAGGCAAAAGUAUCAGUGUAAAGUUAACAAAAAGGGGUACCUUGAAGCACAAUGUAUCUAAUAACCAGACUUAGUUAAAACGACUAUCACCAAAGGUUUAACAAAUUUGUUAAGAAUUGUUCAAGGACUAUGAGUAAAGACCAGUUUUAUCUGACCAUAUGUUACUGUUAUGGAGGAAAUUCAUGUACAGAUGAAAUAAAGCUGUGUUACAUCCAGCAGGAUAUAAACGAGAGAUUUGAAUAAAAGGUAAGCGUAUGAGGAUGGACAUACAUGCUUUACUAUACCAGAAACUGAAGGCUGAACAGAAACUUGUGUACUUACCAAAGACAAAGCACUAUUGUACUAUUAAUAAGCUUAUAUUCAGCUAUAUUUUUGUACUUAUGCUUAUAUGUUUCUAUGCAUUUAUGUAGUGGAUGAGCCCUAGACAGACUAGUAUCACAGCCAUAAUAUAUUAAGUUGUAUCCGCGCCAUUAUAAUGUAACGUUAGUAAUAUAUUUUCACAUGCAGCUAUAGAAGUCUAUAUGUUGAGUCAUAAAGGAAGUAUUGGAAGAAUAUGAUAUUUUGUAUGCAACAAUGAAGACA